AUGGAUGAAACAGAUUUUUCAGAAGAUACAACUUCCAAGCAACAGGAGGAUCUGCCUUACGAUGACACUUGCCCCCAAGUGCAGAUGUGUGAUGAUGGCGAUUUUACCUCAAAAAAUAAGGUCCUUGGGGUUGCCGAUCAAGUUGUCCUCACAGAAGAGGAGCUGCAAGCAAAGGCAGCACAUAGUGAGACUUGCCCCGAUACAGCCGCAGCCACGACCUGGGGUAGAAUUACUGAGAACGACUUCGUUGUUGACAAAAACUGUGAUAAAGAGAAACAAUAUCCCCUGACACUUUAUAUUCCAGCAGAUAAAGGAGAUACUUCGAAGUCAAAGAUUUCUGAUAUUUUGCUCCAUCAUCUUUCAAAGGAGCAGUUUUUAGGAGGUCAAGGCAUUGAUUGUGAAACUCUGCCAGAGAUCUCUAAUGCUGACAGUACUGAUGAAGCAGCUAUUGUCACAAAUAUUUCUUCAUGCUAUGUUAGGAACUUUUGGCCAAAAGAACAAAGCCCAGAAUUCACCGACCAACUCAACCCUAACAGGGAUGGAGAGAACAGCAGUAAGCCCAGUCAUUCUCCAGGUUUUUCUGAUUUAGAAGAGUUGGUCACUGUUGGAAAGAGCAGCCAUCAGGAAAAUUCAAAUCUUUUAAUACAGAUCACAGAUCUGGGUGACAAACAAAAAAGUUGCAAAGGGCACGAAUCCCAGAAGCAGCUGACUGAAAAAGCAAGCUCAAGCAGUGUGUGCAAAUACGGCCAAGGUCAAGUUCAUUACCAGCCCCCAGAUUUCUCUAAGGUUGCUCCGGAAGUGAAAAUCCCCAAACAUAACCUAUUGAAUAAGUCACCCACAGUAGCUAAACAAGCCAGCUUUUCCCCUAAAUUGAGAAAUAAAUCCAUCAUUGUGCAAGACAUUUUAGAAAACCUGUCUAGGUCAAAUUCUGUUGAAGAGCAACAAGCAGAAAGGCAAGGGAACAGUGCAGAACCUUCACAACACGCGCAGAUGGAGUCUCCGGUACACAUCCAAGAACUUCUCACAGGGUUAGAGCCAGAGCCAAGUCUCUUGACUUUGACAUCAGCCUCUCAGAAAGACCUUUCCACAAGUUCUUCUUCCAUAUUUCAAAAGAUAUGCCAAGGGAAACAGAUGUAUCAGAAAUUGAAAGAACAGACGGAUCAACUGAAGACUAAGGUACAAGAAUUUUCCAAAAGACUACAACAGGACACUCUCUGCCAUUUGCAAGACAAAAAGCUGGUGCUGGAGCAACUGCAGGGACAUCUUGAAGAGCUGCAGCAGGAGUUUGUGGCCACCAAGGAGAAGCACUUGGCCUUGCUGCAGCAGCACAUCCACAGGCAGGAAGCUCCAGCCGCUGGUGACUUUGAUCUGGAAAGGACAGUGGAAGGUAAAAUCUUCAAGCUGGAGAUGCUACUUGAAGACAUGAAAGAGAAAACUGAUGAAAGGAAAUGCCCCUCAGUUCUCUCCCUUCCCAUGAAUUCUCCAGCCUUCCCAGAGGACACGGCGUCUGCAUUCUCUUCCUCCUCAGAUGAGGUGGACCCCAGCGGCGCAUCGGGGAGCCCGGAGCCUGCUGCGACGGUGGCCCCGAGUCCAGGCUGUGCCUUCUGCCGCUGCCUCCUGGAAUGGAAGCAAAAGAUGGAGAGAAAAGGUCUCAGGAGGAUCAACUGUGGCAAGUUUUCAAUUAUCAUUCAUGAAAAGGCGCUGCACCAAGAUCCAACACUUGGACUGAGCUGCUCGGGUUGCAGCAGCACGCGCGGGCACUGUGGCGCGGAGGUGCAGAGCUCGCCAGGCGUCCGCGGGAAGGACCCGCUGCAAGAGUUUCAUUACAGAUACGACACUCCAGGACAAUAUUACUUAAAUCACAGCAGAAGAGGUGCCUUUGUCCAGCCCGGCUCUUUAGAUGAAAAUAAAACUUCUGCUCCUUCUUUUUCAAAACUGAAACAGCUGUGUUCCCAUGGAGUGAAUUCACAGUCCUUUGAAGAUGAAUGUGAGCCUGCACUAGGAAAAAAUCCCAAGACCUGUACCGCCCGCAGCGCAGAGCCUGCAGUCCUCCGGCCCCGCCUCCAGGCCUGCAGGAUUUCUGGAAGCAAAUCUUUAUGUGACUUCAGUGCCAUUGAAAAAACGGAGUCCAAGAUCUUAAAUUCAGCCCUGGAUCACGCCCUGAAGACAGCAACCAUUUUGAAAAAGACCACUGAUCAAAUGAUUAGAGCGAUUGCAGAAGACCUUGCCAAAGCAAAGAGGUGGAGGAAUCGCCUGAAGUACUAACCCAAGGAAGCCACGUUUAAAAAGAAAAAAAUAUGCAAAGAAAACUCGAUCAGCACCCUACCCCAAAUAUUUUACUUAUUACACAAUUCAGAAAGAUGUCUUUUAAAGACAACACUUAAAUCUUAACAGGGUAACACAAAGUGUUUAAGUGGGAAUAAAAGAUCCCCUGAUUCUUAAAACCAAA